AUGUGGUACUUUCUUACACCGCUGCUUUGCUUUUAUGGAUUUAUCAAGGAAUUUAAAAUUGGUGAGCCGUUCAUGUAUUUGUAUCAAAGCCAAGUACUCAAUUUGACACGUGAACAGUUAACAAACGAGAUUUAUCCAUAUUCCCCAUAUGGAUAUUUGGUAUCACUAAUUCCAAUAUUUUUGCUUACGGAUCUGUUGCUUUAUAAACCGACAAUGCUUGUGGAGGUCAUCGGACAAGCUGUUUAUCGGUCUAUUUCGCUUUAA